AUGUUGGCUGUACACAGAGAUGUGGUUAAUAUUGUACAGGCAAAAUUCUUGUCUGCUGAAAUAGUUAGGAGUAUUCAUCUGAAUGUUUUUACGUUAGAAGAAAUUUGGUCUAACGAUAACCGUAUUUUAGCUUUGGUUGAGUACAAUAAAUCGUUUGCUUUAUUCGUUUUAAUCUCUUCUAAGAUAAAACCCAGCUGCAUUUCCGAUCUCUCUAUAGAAACUGUAACUCCAGUUGAUGAAUUCUUCUCUUGUGAUACUGAACCCCUAGAAGACACUCAAACCAAUAUAAUAUUUAUCAUUACUUAUAAGAAAAUCAAGCGAGCUUUCAAAAUUGAAAUAGGAUUGGAGAGUUCGAAUUUUGCAUCAGAAGUUAUACGUUCCAAAGAAUUGUCUCUGUACAAUAAACCAAACUUUGUGUGGUUAGACAAAUAUAUAGGUACAAUGAGCAUCCCUAGUCGUAGUUCAGAUAUAGAACAGGAUGAUAUACCUAUAACAAGGCACCAAAUUGCUCAAGGUCAGACUUCUAUUAAUAGAGAAUCAAUGUUAAAAUAUCAUUUAAAAUUGAAAGAAGCUGAGUAUACUCAGAAACAGGAGUUUACAAUAUUUGUUGGUACCUGGAAUGUAAAUGGCCAACCUCCGACCAUAUCUCUCAGAGAUUGGUUAAGUUUUGAUGAGAACCCCCCUGAUUUGUAUGCGGUGGGGUUUCAAGAAAUUGAUUUAAGUAAAGAAGCAUUUUUGUUCAAUGACACACCCAGAGAAGCUGAGUGGCAUAAAUAUGUUACCGAAGGGGUCCAUCCAAAAGCCAAAUAUAAAUUAGUAGGAUUAGCGAGGUUAGUAGGCAUGCAACUGGUCGUAAUGGUAAAUAGCCAGCAUUACCACUACGUUAGAAAUAUAUCAGUAGAUACAGUUGGAACAGGGUUAUUAGGAAAAAUGGGCAAUAAAGGUGGUGUAGGAGUAAGACUGGACCUACACAACACUUCCUUAUGUUUCGUAAACUGUCAUUUAGCGGCUCACGUAGAAGAAUUCGAAAGGCGAAACCAGGAUUACAAAGACAUAAACGCCAGGAUGAAUUUUAGGAGAAGUCCACAAGCAAUUAAAGAUCAUGAGCAAGUUUAUUGGUUGGGUGAUUUGAACUACCGAAUAACAGAUUUGACGACGACUCAAGUCAAAACUCUGUUGCUCAGAAACGAAUUGCCGACUCUAUUGAAAGCGGAUCAACUAAAUCAACAGAAAGAAAGGGGAAACGUGUUGUUGGAUUAUCAAGAGGGUGAUAUAAAUUUCCAACCGACGUAUAAGUACGACCUUUAUACAGACACUUACGAUACCAGCGAAAAGGCCAGACCACCUGCAUGGACUGACAGAAUAUUGUGGAGGGGAAGGGGAAUCUACCAGGUGGCGUACAGGAGCCACAUGGACUUGCGCAUCAGCGAUCACAAACCGGUCAGUGCUCUCUUCAAAUCGGAAAUUAGCGUAGUGGAUCCGAUAAAAUAUAGAAAAAUCCACGAAGAUCUGUUGAAAAAGAUGGACAAGUUCGAAAACGAAUAUCUGCCUCAAGUUACGGUCGAUCAGACCGAAGUCGUGUACGAUCUGAUCAAAUUCAGGGAACCCCAGAGCAGGGAGAUUACCAUAGCGAAUACGGGAAUGGUUCCUGCGGAAUUUGAAUUCAUUAGAAAAUUAGACGAAACCAGUUAUUGCAAGGACUGGAUGAGAAUUGUACCUUAUUGUGGCAGCAUAAAUCCAGGCGAAAAAUGCGACGUAAAACUAGAAGUCAACCUGGAAAUGGAUCUUCCGAAACUCUACGAUAUUUUAGUGCUGCACCUCAAAGGUGGCAAAGACAUGUUCAUAAUAGUUAACGGCGAAUGCCAAAAAUCCAGUUUUACGGCUUCCAUUUCUCUGUUAUGUAGGAUAUCUGUGCCGGUAAUGAAGGUACCGGACGAUCAGUGGAAGAUAGCGGAUAAAGGUGAUUCCAAUGUACUAUACUCGGUGCCUAGAGAAUUAUGGUUGUUGAUCGACUAUAUAUACAGGCAUGGUAUGAAAACGAAGGAACUUUUCGAAUCCAGCGCGCUUCAUGAGGAAAUUGCAAGGAUAAGAGAUUGGCUCGAUUUUGGUUCCUUAGAUCCAUUCCCUGGUACAGUUCAAGCUGCAGCAGAAACAUUACUAUUAUUUUUAUCUUACACUAAGGACCCCGUGAUACCUUAUGAAUUACAUGACAAUUGCAUAGCGGCCGCUAGCAACUACCAAAAUUGUAAACAGAUAAUCCUUCAAAAAGUACCGGAUUUACAUCGAAACGUCUUUCUGUACAUUUGCAUGUUCCUCCAAGAGCUUUUGAAACACCAAAACGACAACGCGUACGACGCCAAAACUCUUGCCUCGCUGUUCGGCGACAUCCUUCUCAGAGACCAAAUCAGAAAUUCCAAACCACAAGCUAGUCGCGGAAAGUCGAAUUUCGUUUAUAACUUUUUAGUUAACGAUCUUAGCUCUUCGAUAAUUCCUCCCAAAUAA